AUGCAGCAGUCUUUAGAAGACGCGUUGGAUAGUGAAGACGAUCUCGCUGAAAGUGCCCAGCAGAGAAGUCCAAAGCAGAAAUACUUUUCUAGUGGGAAAAAAUCGAUAUUUCAAAAACUUCAUGAUUUAUAUGUGGAAGAAUUCGAAAAAGAACCUACGAGUGUACAGGAAUUAAAAAGAAAUGUGAACUUGUUAGAGAAGCUUGUUUUGCGAGAGCGCUUGUCACGUUUAGUGGUCAAGCUAUAUCCUAGCGGUGGCGGCUAUACUCUGAUGUUCAAGGGAGGAGAUGGUUCAGAAUCUGAAGCCAUUCGGUUGUCUUAUGAAAAAAGAGAAUUGCUUGAGUACUUGGAUGCAGAAGAGUUACCUCCUGUUUUGAUUGAUUUCCUGGAAAAAUCUCAGAUGAAUAUUUUUUACUCUGGAUGUGUCAUUGCAGAAGUUCGUGACUAUGGGCAGUGUGGUAAUAUGCAAGCACCUAGCUACCAAAGUAGACAUGUUCUUUUACGUCCAACAGCGCAGACUUUAAUCUCUGAUGUGGAUAGAAUAGCAAGUAAUUACCCCAAAUGGACUCAGGAAGACAAACUUCAGCUUGAGAGCCAACUGAUCUUAGCUACAGCUGAACCCCUAUGUCUUGAUCCUUCUGUAGCAGUAGCCUGCACUGAAAACAGACUGCUUUAUAACAAGCAAAAGAUGAACACUCAUCCAAGGAAACAGUGCUUCGAUACAUAUUCGACGUCCUCUCAGAGCGAGCAGCCAGAGCUGUUUCAUUGUCCACUGUCACCACAGCUGGAAUCAUUCACUGCUUGUCUAGAAACUGAAAAAAGAAAAGUAAGUGAGCAAAACGACCUGGAAAUUUCUAAAGCAGGGGAUUGUGUGGACAUGUGGGAACAAAAUCCCUGUAAUCUGGCCAUGCCUUCUGAAGUGAACAUGGAGAAAUAUGCAAAGGUAGAUAAGCCUGAUGCUUUACAACUAAAUGUCUGGGCAGGUUAUGAAGUAAACGAUAAUGACUUAUUUGGCUGCAAACCUGGUAAUCAGUAUCAGAAAACAACGCUCAGUCUCAUGCAGUCACUUGAUGACCCACUUUUCUCAGGGACAAUGCAGCCUACCAAAGAAGACGAGGAAAGUGAUAGGGAGAGGUCUCCAUUCUUCUUCACCACAGAUGAUGAUCCAGAUUUGAUCAUGAACAAAUCACCAAAGUCAGCUGCUGAGAGCACAGUCAGUCAGUACCAACACUUGGUCCCGAAAGAAGCCAGAUGUCUAGCCAGGAAGUCACACAGCUCCAGUGGCUCAGCCAGUCUGAGUCAGCUUUCUCCAAGGGCAGAAACAGAACAACCCCAGAGAAUGUUGUUUCAGUCUUCACUAUGGAGGACUCAACCCAUCGCGCUUCCUUCAAGCUCAGGAAGUAGUUCCGCAGUUAACUAUCCUGUUCCACAACAGGCAAGUGACUUUCUUAAAGCUGCAACUCCUGGGCCUGCCUCUAAGCCACCAGUUCCUUUUCAAAAGCCAUUUGCCAAUUUUAAUCGAGUUAUCAUACUUUCUUCAGCAGCCCUAUCACCUGCCAGCUCAUCACAACAUACCACGACCAAACCAGUCAUGUCAAACUCUAUCAAUGCCAGGAACUCUGUUCGUGUAGCACAGGCUUCAGCGAGUGAUUCAAACCCUGUACUGGACUGUAGCUCUGAUGCCAAAACUCCUGCAGAAAUCUGUCAGGGUGUCUGCCCAUCCUUGGGAGUACCAGCUGUAGUGCCAAGUGGAGUACCAGCUCAAGCACUUACAUUAAAAAAUACUUCAGCUAACAGGCCUUUAACUGUACUCCAGCUUCCAGGUUGUCAAUUCAUUUUUCUCUCACAGCAGCAGCAGCAGCAGCAUCUCCCUCAGUUUACUCCACAGCAACCAGCUCAGCGUUUUAUAAUUCAUCAACAGCCAAGAGCACCAGGCUCUGCACAAAGUUCAACCAGUCCCACCCAGGUUCUACCUGCUCCGCAAAGUGUUCUUAUUAAGCUUGUGGAAUUACAAAAUUUAGCACAGACCCCAAGAGCCGUGUUGCCUCACCCUGUCUCUGCCACAGACACACGUGAGCAGAGCCAGCCUCAGCUGAGAGUCCCUGCUACCAGUCCCCAGCAACAGCCACCGAUACAACCAUUGAAUAUCUCACGGCGUCCAGUGGCUACUGCCGAGGCAUCCACGCAGACGGAUUGGCCUUAUUCUCACAGGCGUCUACACCGCCACAAGAAAGAUAAAAGGAAGAUAAGUAAAAGAAAAACUCCACGGUCCUGA